GUGUGUGUUGGGGCUUGGCUUCAGCAAUCGAACAGGAAAUUUGUGACCUUGGUCUUCCUGCUUGUGCAGAGCCUCAAGCCUAUGAGCUCCCGGUUGGUGACUGAGGAAUCCCCCAUGCCCAGCCUGGGGGCGAACAUGCAGUAGGCGUCUGUUUGCAGGCUGAAGAGUGUGCCAUAGGAGACCUCAGAGCCGACCCAGGGAAGUGGGCUCCAGCUGCCAUUUCUCUCCUCCUGCUUCUGUGAUGCAUAGCUGCCCUGUGUGUCUUCAUUGCUUUGCAGGUGGAGAGCUCUGAGUGAUGACCACAACCCCAGGGGACCCACUACCAGUUCAAGCCCUGUUCAUCUGUGAGGGCCUCUCCCAGGAGCUGCCUCGUCUAGGAAGCCUUCCCUGAUCUCAGUGAGAAAGUCUGAUGCUGGAAGAGCCAUCCCAGAUGGAAGCUCAGUGCACAGAGCAGAGCCCGGGACCUGGGACCUUUGGAGCAAAGCCGGGAGACCAGCAGCAGCCCAUCUCGCAGGCGGGGUGCUUGUGUUCCGGGCGUCGCGGCUGGACCGUGCUGGGAGCUGUGGGACUGCUGGUUGGGGCCGGUGUUGGCUCAUGGCUCCUAGUGUUGCACCUGCAGCCGGCCGCCUCUCAGCCCAUCUCCGAGCCCUUGCAGGAGGAGGGGACGACUGCAAAAUGCUCAGAGACCAGCAGCCAGGAGGCUCCGCUCCCGGUGCUUCCCAAAACAGUAUCUUUCAGAAUAAGCAGCGAGGACUUCUUGCUGGAAGUGUGGCUGAGGGACCGGCCAGACUGGCUCCUGGUCUGCCAUGAGGGCUGGAUCCCUGCCCUGGGGGUACAGAUCUGCUGGAGCCUUGGGCAUCUCAGACUCACUCACCACAAGGGAGUGAACCUGUCUGACAUCAAGUUCAAUGGCUCCCGGGAGUUUGCUCAGCUCUCUCCCAGACUGGAAGGUCUCCUGGAGGAGGUGUGGCUUCCCAGGGACAACUGCACCUCUGGCCGAGUUGUGUCCCUCAAAUGCUCUGAAUGUGGGACAAGGCCCCUGGCUUCCCGGAUAGUCGGUGGACAGGCUGCAGCUCCUGGGCGUUGGCCGUGGCAAGCCAGCGUGACCCUGGGCUCCAGGCACACGUGCGGGGGCUCUGUGCUGGCACCACACUGGGUGGUCACUGCGGCCCAUUGCAUGCGCAGUUUCAGGUUGUCCCGGCUAUCCAGCUGGCGUGUCCACACAGGGCUGGUGAGCCACAGCGCGGCCAGGCCACAGCAGGGGGCCAUGGUGGAGAGGAUCAUCCUUCACCCCUUCUACAGUGCCCAGAAUCACGACUAUGACGUUGCCCUCCUGCGGCUCCGGACACCACUCAACUUCUCAGACACCGUGGGCGCCGUGUGCCUACCCGCGGAAGAGCAGCGCUUCCCCAGCGGCUCGCAGUGUUGGGUGUCUGGCUGGGGCCACACCGACCCCAGCCAUGCCCACAACUCGGACACGCUCCAGGACGCGGUGGUGCCCCUGCUCAGCUCCCAGCUCUGCAACAGCUCUUGCAUGUACAGCGGGGCCCUCACCCCCCGCAUGCUGUGUGCCGGCUACCUGCAUGGGAGGGCCGACGCCUGCCAGGGGGAUAGCGGGGGCCCCUUGGUGUGUCCAGAUGGGCAUAUGUGGCGCCUGGUGGGGUUGGUCAGCUGGGGUCGUGGCUGUGCAGAACCCAAUCACCCAGGGGUCUACGCCAACAUGGCUGAGUUCCUGGACUGGAUCCACGACACUGUGCAAAGUCCACUAGAUGGAGGAGCAGCAGCAGCCUUGAUGCCGACGGUGUGAGAUCUACACAGCGAGAGAGACCAGCUGCUGACACCUACGAGCCAUUAGGCCUUGAUUUUGAGAGUCUGUUUCUCAACAACAGGAGAGAGACUGGGGCUGGGUUAGAAACGCUAGGGGAGGUGAGCGAUGACGAGGAAGAGAGGGUCCGUUGCUGGAGACGAAGAGGCUGCUGGGAGCAGCUGGGAGCCUACCCUUCCACCCUGUCCCCUCCCCAGCCACCUUGUGCAUCGUUAGGGACAUACGGGGUACCCCUGCUCCUGCCUUCUCCCUAUGGCCUGAGGCAGGGACAGGCUAAGAGGAUCACCUGGCUCCAAGGCUCCUGGGCAGAUAAGGUCAAGGCCGGGCCAGCCCAGGUUAGGCCCAAGGAGUUGGGAUUCUC